AGGCAACUGGGCUGCCUUGCGGGUGCCGCUCUGAAGGCAAAGACUUCCCGGCCUCCCGAAGCGAGUGGAGGAGCGAAGGGGGAAAGGGGGGCCGCUGUCUCUGCUGCAGGUCUGAACAGCCACCGAGCCGGGAGGCGGAGCGGAGAGAUGGCGCCCCGGUGGCUGUGGCUGAACGUGCUGGGUGCCUUGGCGGUGGCUGGCGUGAGAGAAUCGCUGCUGAACGUGUGCAUGAAUGCCAAGCACCAAAAAGAUAAGCCUGGACCGGAAGACGCCCUGCACAGCCAGUGCUCCCCGUGGAAGAACAAUUCCUGCUGCUCAGUCAACACCAGCCACGCUGCUCACGAGGAGCAGUCGUACCUGUACAACUUCAGCUGGAGCCACUGCGGCAACAUGUCGGGAAAGUGCAAGAAGCACUUUAUCCAGGACACCUGCUUGUACGAAUGCUCGCCCAACCUGGGGCCGUGGAUUAACGUGGUAGAUGUCUCUUGGCGCAAAGAGAGGAUCCUGAACGUGCCGCUCUGCAAGGAGGACUGCGACCAGUGGUGGGAGGAUUGCAAAGCCGACAUGACCUGUAAAGAGAACUGGCAUAAGGGAUGGAACUGGACCACGGGAACAAACCGGUGCCCCCUUGGAAGUAUGUGCGAGCCGUGGCCGCUCGUCUUCCCUGAGCCCAAAGACCUCUGCGAGAAGAUCUGGAGCAACUCCUACCAGUACACCCCCUUCCAGAGGGGCAGCGGCCGCUGCAUCCAGAUGUGGUUCGACCCCAAGGAGGGCAACCCCAAUGCAGAGGUGGCCAAGUAUUACUCCAGAGCAGGGCGUGGCGGGGCUGCCCGUCUGCCCCUGGCCUUGCUCCUUCCCGCGCUCCUCGUCCUGCGGACAGUGUAGCAAGACGGACUCGCUGCUCUUCAGACGCCCGCUUGGAAAGUAUUGCCGACAUCCUUUGCAACUGGUAUCCACCUCCUCUGGUGCAGCGCAGGAUCUGAGCCAUCACGGGGGUGGGGGACAUUCUUUUGUAGGCUUCCCAGGGGCCGGACCCUGCUGGUCCAGAGCUCGGGAAGGAUCCCGAAACCUGCGUGUGUAAAUACCUCUCUCCUCCUACUUACCUUUGGCCUUGUUACCUUCUGCAUAUUUUCCCCUCCAAACUGUCCAGGCCGGGGCUUUUGAUGGGAAACACCUCUGAUACCUCGGUGAACCGCACUCGUGACAGGGCCAACGGCUGGAUCCUCAUGUGCCUCUCAGGUAUAGGGAUGAGAAGGAACCAACCUCAGGUCCAAGGCGAGGUAACCGAUAUUUGGAGAUUAGGGACGGAGCCGCUCCUCAGCUGCCAAAGGUGAAACUUUUCAGCCUCGGAACUAGAAAGAGAAACUUGUCAGAAGGGAUGAGGGGAGCUCCACCAGUCAGUGAUAUCUUUUGUUUGAGGUUUUCGCACCUUUAUGCGUGUCUCCCCCUCUCCCCCUUCAGGCUGCUUCGGUGGCCGGCUGGGAGACUUCUUCAAAGGCGGUGGCUGCGAUACUCAGGGAAUCUUUACUUCCAAAUCCUGCUUAGAUUUCUGCUUAGGGU